CAUAACCAUGAUAGAUACACACUUGGUCUUUCUACUGCCAGUAUCAACUGCUCCACCCCCUUCCUCAAACAUAAAUACUGUGGCUUAGCUUCAGAGUUUCACCCCUGGUCUCAGAAGGAGAACUAAAGUCCUCACCUAUAAGGAAAAGUCAGAGAGCAGAUUUCUUGGAAGAAAAGAGCAAUGGACCUGAUUCUAAGCCUUUCCAUGGAAACAUGGGCACUGCUGGCUACCAUCCUGGUGCUCCUCUACCUUUAUGGGACCUCUUCACAUGGACUUUUUAAGAAGAUAGGAAUUCCUGGCCCCAAACCUCUCCCUUUUGUUGGGACGCUACUUGACUACAGGAAGGGUUUGUGGAAAUAUGAUACAGAAUGCCGAAAAAAGUAUGGGGAUUUGUGGGGAUUGUAUGAUGGGAAGCAGCCUCUUCUGGUCAUUGCAGAGCCAGACAUGAUCAGAAAAGUGCUAGUGAAGGAAUUUUAUUCUGUCUUCACAAAUCGGCAGACUUCUGGUCCAAAUGGGUUAUUGAAAAAGGGUGUCGCUGCUUGUGAGAAUGAAAAUUGGAAGAGAGUUCGAACAUUACUAAGUCCAGCCUUUACCAGUGGAAAACUGAAAGAGAUGUUCCCCAUCAUCCAGAAGUGUGGAGAUGUGCUGGUGAAAAACAUGAGCCAGGAAGCAGAGAAAGGCAAGCCCAUUAACAUGAAAGUGAUCUUUGGGGCCUACAGUACGGACGUGAUCACUGCCACAUCGUUUGGAGUAAACAUUGAUUCCCUCAACAACCCCGAGGAUCCCUUUCUGAAAAAUACCAGAAAGCUAGUAACAUAUGGCUUUUUCAAACCACUACUUUUCUCUGUAGGUCUGAGAAAUUUGAAUCAAGAUAAACUGAAAAAAAGGAGAGUACUCUUUCCAUUCCUUAAGAAAAUAUAUGAAAAAUUAAAUAUCUUCAUAUUUUCAAGUGAAGCUAUGACAUUUUUAAAGAUUUUUGUAGAAAAGACCAAAAAAGAUCGACUUGAAAAUAACCAAGAGAACCGAGUGGACUUUCUUCAGCUGAUGUUGAACUCCCAGAAUUCCAAAAAUGUGGAGUGUCAUAAAGCUCUUUCUGAUGUGGAAAUCAUAGCCCAAUCGAUCACAUUUAUUUUUGUUGGCUAUGAUACUACAAGCACUGUUCUUUCCUUUAUUAUGUAUACAUUGGCCACUCACCCUGAUGUUCAGAAGAAACUCCAGCAUGAGAUCGAUUCAGUCUUGCCCAAUAAGGCACCUCCCACUUACGAAGCCCUGGUAAAACUGGAGUAUCUGGACAUGGUGUUAAAUGAAACUUUGAGAUUAUAUCCAGUUGGUUACAGGCUUAACAGAGUCAGUAAGAAAAAUGCUGAAAUAAAUGAUGUGUUCAUUCCCAAAGGGACACGGGUGUGCAUACCUAUCUUUGUUCUUCACCGAGAUCCAAAAUACUGGUCAAAGCCUGAGGAGUUCUGCCCUGAAAGGUUCUCCAAGAAAAACAAAGAUGCAAUCAAUCCUUAUGUAUAUAUGCCUUUUGGGAAUGGUCCUAGAAACUGCAUUGCCAUGAGGUUUGCUCUCAUUACCAUGAAGCUUGCUGUUGUCAAAAUCUUGCAGAACUUCUCUGUAGAACCUUGUGAAGAAACACAGAUUCCCUUGAAUUUAAAUCGGCAAGAACUUCUUUAUCCAGAAAAACCUAUUAUCCUGAAGAUUGUAUCAAGAGAUGGGGUCAAAAAUGAAAACUGAUUUGUCUCAAAUCUUGAUAUGUUCUUCAAAUAUUUUAUCCUAAACACCUGAGUCUUUAAUUCACUUCUGAAUAAAGCCUAGAUGAAUAUUUCGUUUAUCUACCAUACUUCAUGAAUUGAGCAUUCAGAAUCUUUAUUUAUCUUUCAUUGUCUUGAUAGAGUUUAAAUUAUGGUGUGUGGAAAGAAAAUUAUUAUUUAACAAUGUAUAUGUUCUUUAAUAUCAAAAUACAUCCAUUUUCCCAGUGAUAUCUCAUUGUGUUUUAUUUCAAUACUGAUAAAGUUUUCUCAGCAAUAUUAUUAAUAUGUUCUUUUCCAUUAUAAAUUCAUUGAUUUUCCAUUGAUGACUGAGUACUCCAAUGAUACCUAUUUUUUGUCCUUUGAGCAGCUGUAAGUUUGGGUGUUGACCACUGUCCACUGAACAAUUUCUUUGAUUAAGUCUAAGGGUUGCAUUCAUCUCUGGAUAAAGAGAUACAACUUUAGAAAGCAGUGUGAUAUGAAGAUUAAAAUAAUAAGUAGUCAGGGUUCCCUGCCCUGAAAGGGGAGGUGGCUGGGGGGAAGAGACAGAAAUCUGAAAGAAAGAAAGAAAGAAAGAAAGAAAGAAAGAAAGAAAGAAAGAAAGAAAGAAAGAAA